UCCAGGAAUGGCGGCGUUCAGGCUUGCGGCUGGUAGUGACCAUUGGUUUUCGGCUUUGGCUCUCGGGGUGACACUCCUCAAGUGCCUUCUCAUCCCCACCUACCAUUCCACAGAUUUUGAAGUACACCGAAAUUGGCUUGCUAUCACUCACAGUUUGCCAGUAUCUCAGUGGUAUUAUGAGGCAACUUCACCGUGGACCUUGGAUUACCCCCCUUUUUUUGCAUGGUUUGAGUACGCCUUAUCACAUAUUGCCAAAUACUUUGAUCAAGAGAUGCUUAAUAUUCAGAACCUGAACUACUGCAGCUCAAGAACGUUGCUUUUCCAGAGGUUCUCUGUCAUCCUGACAGAUGCACUCUUUGUGUAUGCUGUUCACGAGUGCUGUAAAUGCAUUGAUGGGAAAAGAACAAGCAAAGACCUCACAGAGAAACCCAAGUUUAUUCUGUCCGUGCUGCUGCUCUGGAACUUUGGGUUAUUAAUUGUAGACCAUAUUCAUUUCCAGUACAAUGGCUUUUUAUCUGGAUUAAUGCUGCUGUCCAUUGCACGGUUAUUUCAGAAAAGGCAUAUGGAAGCGGCGUUUCUCUUCGCUGUCCUCCUCCAUUUCAAGCACAUCUACCUGUAUGUAGCACCAGCCUAUGGUGUCUAUCUGCUGCGAUCUUACUGUUUCACCGCAAGUAAGCCAGAUGGCACUGUCCGAUGGAGCAGCUUCAGCUUCAUCCGUGUUAUUUCCCUGGGACUGAUUGUUCUCCUAAUUUCUGCUCUUUCUUUGGGCCCUUUUUUAGCCUUGAACCAGCUUCCACAAGUCUUUUCCCGACUCUUUCCUUUCAAGAGAGGCCUUUGCCAUGCCUACUGGGCUCCAAACUUCUGGGCUUUGUACAAUGCUUUGGAUAAAGUGCUGUCUGUCAUUGGUUUGGAGCUGAAACUUCUUGAUCCCAGCCAGAUCCCCAGGGCCUCAAUGACAAGUGGUUUGGUUCAGCAGUUCCAGCACACAGUCCUUCCCUCAGUUUCCCCUUUGGCAACCCUCAUCUGCACAGUGUUGGCCAUAUUGCCCUCUGUUUUCUGUCUUUGGUUUAAACCCCAAGGGCCCAGAGGCUUUCUCCGAUGCCUGGUUCUUUGUGCCUUGAGUUCCUUCAUGUUUGGGUGGCAUGUCCAUGAAAAAGCCAUACUUCUUGCGAUUCUCCCCAUGAGCCUUUUGUCUGUGGAAAAAGCAGGAGAUGCAAAAGUUUUUCUGAUUCUGACCACAACAGGACAUUACUCCCUCUUCCCUCUGCUCUUCACUGCACCAGAACUUCCCAUUAAAAUCUUACUCAUGUUACUAUUCACCACAUACAGUAUUUCCUCACUGAAGACACUAUUCAGAAAGGAAAAACAGCUCUUCAAUUGGAUGGAAACUUCCUACCUCCUUGGCCUGGGGCUUCUGGAAGUCUGCUGUGAAUUCGUAUUCCCUUUUACCUCCUGGAAGCUGAAGUACCCCUUCAUCCCCUUGCUGCUGACCUCAGGGUAUUGUGCGGUGGGCAUCACGUACGCCUGGAUCAGGCUGUAUGUUUCAGCGUUGGCUGGCUGUCGUGUGAGCAAGACAAAGAAGCAGUGAAUAAAGACGCGUCUGGAUGAAGGCCAAGCAACUACUUCAUGGGAUUCUAAUCAGAGCUUGAAGAAAGUUGCCAGGGGCAGGAUCUAUUUAUUUACUGGAUCUGUUUAAGGACCAUUCUUCCGCACUUGGCCUUGCCCUGCCUAGCAACCUGAUUGUCUCUAUUGCGAGAAGCCAGUUGCCCUCUAAGCAACGAAACCUGUUUGAGAAAAUGCUCACUUUCCUGUGUUAACAUAGUCUGCGGCCAUUGAGACUGCUGUGCCCACUGAAGGGGCAACCAGAGGUGGUUAGCAGCAUAACUUCCUGUAGCUGGUGCUGACCACUGUUAGGAUGUAAUACCUAAUUAGAUUUUGUACCUAAGGAAAUAUAAAAUGUCAUUUUGUAUUUAUGCAUAAAAUAUCAGCAUGUUUUGGGUCAUUA